UUCGCUGUCCCUAUAUAUAAUGAAGAAAGGUCCGAGCCGAGCACUUUUCUUUUCACCAAGGGACAAAACGAAAGAUUGAACGCGGCGGAGGGUAGGAAUCCAGAGAGGAGAUAUUGCCUUUCUCGGACGCGAGACCUCCGCCGCCGGAGAUGGGUGAUUCCGGCAGCUUCGUAUCCAUUGAUGUUGACAGGAUUUCGUUCGGCGGGAAGAUAUGUCAUGCUUCCAAGGAUUGUUCUUUUUCCCUGAAGCAGCUUCUCUGUUGCUUCACAAUUUCUGCAUAUAUAAUAUCUGUCCUCCAGGGCAUGAGUUUUUGCAGUUAGCAGCAACUCCAAUUUCUUCAGAUAUUCCUGUGCCUUCUGUUGAUGAUUUGGUUGAUCAGGUUGCUGAGAUUCUCGACUUCUUUGGGUUAGAUUCGGUCAUGUGUAUGGGGGUCACGGCAGGUGCUUACAUUCUUACCGUUUUUGCUACGAAGUUCAGUGAUCGUGUGCUUGGUUUGAUACUGGUAUCUCCUCUCUGUAGAGCAGCUUCUUGGACAGAGUGGCUGUAUGAUAAGAGUCUGUGGCUUGUUCAAGGAUUACUUACUCCAGAGAAAUUUCUAGAAAACGCACAGAUCCCAGAAUCUGAUAUCGUGCAGGCGUGUAUCUGUUUACUAAAAGAGAAGCGAAGUACAAAUGUAUUGAGGUUUUUCCGGUCCAUUAAUGGGCGAUAUGAUAUCACUGCAAAGUUGAACCAGCUAAGGUGCAGAACGUUAAUAUUUGUUGGAGAGAAUUCUCCUUACCAUUCUGAAUCACUUCACAUGAUCUCAAAGUUAGAUCACAGAUGCAGUGCACUUGUCGAGGUUCAAGCUUGCGGGUCGCUAGUGACGGAGGAGCAACCCCAUGCUAUGCUGAUACCAUUAGAAUUUUUCUUCAUGGGUUAUGGCCUAUACAGGCCAUGUCAGUUGGGUGGCAGCCCACGCAGCCCACUUAGUCCCUUGUGCAUCUCAGCUGAGCUUCUGUCGCCUGAGAGCAUGGGCUUGAAGCUAAAGCCGAUCAAGACCAGGAUCUCCCUUAAGUCUGACCAGGGUGGUGGGUUAGUUGCCUAGGGGGAAGGUUUUGCUAUUCUUUUGGUAAUCUAAUGUUGGACGGUUGAGAUUUGGAUACGUUGGCCCUUUUGAUGGCUGGAAAUCAUUUUUUGGGUGUAGAUAACAGGGGAGAAAAUGUGGCGGGCAUUGUUUGGAGUAUAUGAUAUUUCAUUCAUUUGCAAUCAUAAUGUGUUCAUUCCUGUAACUACGAUGGAAUAAGAUCGGGAAAUUUUGUUUGUUCAUCAUUAUUUCCUAAAGUCCUAUUAUCGUUAGAACUCUCUAUGGUCUUCAUUAUUAUUGGAUAUGCUGUGCGAAUGGUGAGGUUCUAAAUUCAUCUUAAACUGAUCAUAGAUUUGCAUUUUUUA